AGUGUUCCUAAAUUGUUUGCUGGUAGUGCAUCCAAAAAUGCUCCAGAUUCCGCAGAACUUCCUGACAAUAAACGUGCUUUUUGUAGAGGAUUUCCUUGAGAUCGCGUUAUCAAAUCCCAGCUCUUUUGUAGUUUAGGCUCAAGGUUUAGGCUCAAGGUGUAACAACAUUUGCAUUUUCUUUCCAUAAGUUUAAUCCUUAUUCCAAGUAUGAUUCCAUAUUGAACAUAUUAUUCUAGUUAAUUCGUUAAGAAGAUCGACCAACGAAAUUAACCGAUGCCAAAAAGGCAGGAACAACUAGUUCUUCGGCAGAUCGAGUUCCCAAACCUGAAAGUUUUAUUGGCGGCGUUACAAUUUUCCUAUUUUCAGGGUUCAUUUUUACAUUAGUAAAGUAGGACAUUAAACAUCGAAGGCACCACAGGCGUUAAUAGAAAUAACGCCUACAGCCGAUAGUAUCAUGAAAUAUAGUACAACAACGCAGUUUGGUGACCGUUCCGACAGUAAUGGUAUAAUAGCAAAGAUCAAAUCGAAUUUUUUCGAUGACACGAUAAACAGUUGGACGGAUGUAAAAAUCUGUUAAUCGCGUGUCUGUAUGGGCUAUUAAAAUCGAAUCAAAAGCGAAUUACCAAAAUGAUGUUCAGAGACUGAGUCACUUCAAAAAAUGCUGUUGCUGCUCGCGCUUUUCCUCCACGUGAACGCGUUUUAUCAAAAUGCGUACGACGUUAUUCCAGAACGUAUCGAAGUCGAAUAUUACGAUUCUACCUUUGCGAACGUUUCCUGCACCAACUACAAGUAUAACCGAACAACGCGUACGUUUAUCUUCGCGGUAACGUUCAAGAUUGAUGUAUCUGAAGGAGAUAUGGUGACGAUAACGGGAUACAAAUGGCUGAGUAACCGAUAUCGCCUGGACAUUUUGCAAUUCAAUAUGACAGCCAAAGAUGCUCUUAGCUUCAAGUACUUUGAUAUAAAUCGCAUGAUACAUUCCUGUACGACACCUCCCGUCGAAUGGCCAUUAAAAACGGGGGUGAAAUAUACAUUAAGAGAUUGGGUGCCUGACAGUACUAAGUUUCCUCCCGGCAUCCCAGAAGGAAGGUGGAAAAUAGCGAUCAGGUUUUUCACGGACUACGGGAAACACUGUUUCUCUAUGAACUGGUACUGCGCCAUCAAAUACAAGCUUAGAAUGGAAUGAAAGUAGUGCGAUAACUGCGUAAUAUGCGUUGUAACUAUUGCUGAUAUCUUUAGAUACAAGUAGAGCAGUAAAUUCUAGUAUUUUAUUUCCAUUUCAUUUUAAAUGAAAAUGACGGCUGCACACACCUUUGAAUCCUGGAAACCGCACGAUAUUCAAAGAA